AUGUCUUCCCACGAUAAUACCCAAUCUACCAACGAGCCAUCCAAAGUAACCGGAAACAAGGAGUACUACACAGGCGCUGCCAAAGAGAAAAUAGGUCAAGUCCUGGGCAAUGAAAAACUUCAAGCUGAGGGUACUUAUGCCAAAAACAAGGGCAUGGCCGAGGUCGAGGCGGCCAAAACAAAAGGCCAAGCGGAGGGAACGACCGACAAGGCCAAGGGUAAUAUCAAAAAUACAGUCGGCACUGCACUCGGUAACGAACAAUGGCAGGCUGAAGGCCAGGCAGAUAAAACGACGGGUGCUGCGAAGCAGGAGGCCAACAAGUAG